AUGCUAAUUGAGAAAUAUGACGAGAAGCCAAAGUUUGAGAUAGGAUUUUCUCCUUUCUAUUUUAUUUCUUAUCCUUUAUAUAAUAUUCAGUGCAGAAGCAUCCUCUACAAAUACUUAAAUCAUUAUGAUAAGAACGUCACGUAUAGCCCUCUGGUCAACAUCAACAAUUUAAACAUAAAAACUUACGUUAUAUGCAUUUUCAACAGCUUGCACCAGAUUUACCACGAUGAAGGAAUAAGCGGAUUAUACAAGGGGUUAAUACCCAUGCUGGCUCACAUCAUAUCGAAGAAGUCCAUUUAUUACCUACUCGAAAAGAUACAUUUUGUCAUUCGGAGCAGAAAGAGCAGAGAACAGCGGAGGGGCCCAUACAACAGCGGGAAGGCGUCCCGCAGCUACGAACACAGAUUCGCGGACGAUGGGAAUGGUGGAGACGAUCGCGAGGAUGACCGCGAGGAUGAUGGUGAAGACGACCACGAAAACGCGAGCAACUUCAUCGGGGACGAGAUAAACUUUCAAGUUGUGCGUCAGAUGGACAUGGUCAGGGAUGAUGACGACUCCUACCUCAGCUGCGUCCUGUCCUACCCCCUCCUGAACAUAUCGACCAAAUUGAUCGUCUUCCAAAACAAUUCUGUGUCCCUCAUGAACAACCUAAAAGCCAUCGUCCACCUGACCUACCUGUACGACGGAGUCAACGGAUUCUUCAAGGGACUAAACAGCUACCUGUUCAUACAGUCCAUGGAAAAGAUACUUAACUGCUUUUUGUACCGAGCCUUUUCUGACAGCUGCUCGUAUGAGAAGGUUCUCACCAUUAAGGUGGUCCUAUCAACAUGCCUGAACACCAUCAUGGCGCCGUACAUUCAGUACUCCAUCCUUAACAGGUCCCAAUCGCUCGUGCCGGGCCUUUGCAAAGACACAACCUUUAACAAUUUUUUUUGCAAUUUCCAUUGGAAGAGCCACCUGUCAAAUGUGUCGGUCGGAUUAGCCGUUGCUGGGAUUCAGCUCAUCAUCAUCGCGCUGCUCCCGAAGGACAACCCCAAGAGCGACGAAGUUGUGGACCAGGAAAAGGACGAGUACUUCUGA